GAUCACAGAGACUAUGGUGAUUAUUGAAGUUAAAUAGUUAUAAGAACAAAAAUAAAACAAUUGUUUGUUCUACAUAUUUCCUAUAUAAUUUUAUAUCAUUUCGGAAAUAUUUAGUCGUCGACGGUUAUAAAAAAAACUUCAAUAAGAAUAUAUUAUAACAUGUUAAUAACUUGAAAUGAGGAUUCAAAGUUUGUGACAGUGUGUUGUGUUAUUGUGCAGUAUUUUUAAUAAUACAUGCAAACGAGUGUUGAAUAAGUGUAAAAAUUAUUUCGUAUGAAUGAUAUUUUCGUAAUUCAACUUUAAUUUUGUUUGCGUAUUCUGUAAAUUAACGUCAAAUUCGGCGAGUUGUGAAGAUGACUUCGAUUUUCGAUCAGUACGAGCAGGCUUCUCAGGUCUCCCAACGGGCCCAACCAGUGCCUGAGCCCAUGACAUCGUCAGGGUAUAUAAACAUGCAGUUAGACGACAAUACGCCUAUGUUUUCGAAGCAGAAGAUGAACUUUAGUCCAUCGGAUGUGAUAACUCAUGUUGCUGUUGCCAGUGACUACCUAGUGCUUGCCAUGGCUAAUGGGAAUCUAUUUAGAAUGGAUUUAAAGAAUCCCAAGGAACAUGAAGAAGUCAAAUAUUCAAAAUUUGUACAACCAAACACAAAGUUGACAGGAAUAUUUCUUGAUCCACUCGGCUAUCAUCUUCUCAUGGCAUUCGCUCCAAGAACCAAAGAUGGUGAUCCCGAGCUUGUUUAUCUCCACCGAAAGAGCUCCAAGCUGAAAUCUGUUAGCAAAUCCCGAAACUAUGAGGUCACCGAAGUCGGUUGGAAUUAUGAAAAUACAUCAGAUAUUACAACUGGACCUAUAUUGUUGGGUACCUCACAUGGACAUAUUUUGGAGACAGAGCUGGAGGUUGAUAAUGACAAAAGAUUUACAGCAAACCAACAGUAUUGGAGACAGCUGCCCAAUUAUCUGCCUCUAUAUGGAAGCAAGGAAAUUGAUGGAUUGAUCUUUGACAUUGGCCAAGGGGCAGAUAUGCCAAUAACUGGCAUACAAUUUCACAGGGUUGUCAACAGCAAUAAAUACUUUAUAUUUAUCACAACACCGACCCGAUUGUACCAGUUUAUUGGACACGCUAUAUCAACAGAUGGGAAGCCCAGUCUUCAGUCCAUCUUCUAUCAAUAUCUCACCAUGCCCGAUACUGGAUUUCAAGAGAUUCCAUCAACUUUAAAAUAUUCCAAACUUCAGUUCUUCUUCGAUAAAUAUGAUGUGCCGAAAACAUUUGCGUGGUUAACUGAACCGGGCAUAUUUUAUGGGCAGUUGGACCCAACAUCUCAACAAAACUCCAACUCUUUAUUUACGCAAGGUGAACUAAUAAACUUCCCACCCGAAUCUGAUUCCAAAGAGAAGGCGCCGCUUUGUUUCGUAUUAACAGAAUUUCACGCCCUAUUGAUGUACUCGGACAAAGUGAAAGCAGUGUCACUAUUAAAUCAAGAAUGUGUAUACGAGGACAGAUAUUCAGAAGCGCAUGGAAAGCUCAAAAGUGUAAUAAAAGAUCUCAAAAGGAGAACCAUCUGGGCAGUGACAGAUAAAUCUGUGUUCAGAUACAAAGUUGUCAGGGAAGAAAGAAAUGUGUGGAGGAUAUAUGCAAAUAAAGAACAAUUCCAUUUAGCUAAAGAGUACUGCCAACAGAAUCCAGCUCACUUAGACAUAAUAAACGUGAAAGAAGCCGAGCUAUUGUUCUCUAAAGGUGAUUAUGAAGCAAGUGCGAAGAUCUACGCAGAAACGCUAAGCAGUUUCGAGACUAUAUGCCUAAAGUUUUUGGAGGUGGAACAGGUGAACGCACUGAAGACGUACCUAAGCCGGCGAUUAGAGGCUCUGAAGGACGAUGAUAACACACUGAUAUCUAUGAUUGUUAUUUGGAUGACGGAACUGUACCUUUCGCAGCUGGGUGUGCUCAGGCGUACUGGAAAAGAUAAUACGGACGAGUACAAUCAAAUCCAGAGUGACUUCGAAGUUUUCCUACUCAAUCCGAAGGUGUCCAGGUGUAUGCAGCAUGUCAAAGCCGUUAUAUACGAUUUGAUGUCUUCACACGGGGACAAGCAGAAUUUGAUAAAGUUAACACUGAUAAACGAAGAUUACGAGAACGUGGUCGCACAGAAUAUUUAUAAGAAAUCAUAUCUGGAAGCGCUGAAUACGUUGAAGGAGUUACGGAAACCGGAUCUGUUCUAUCAGUUUGCUCCUGUAUUAAUGGAGGAAGAUCCUAAGCAUACAGUAAAUGCAUUAAUCUCACAGGGCCAGAAGUUGAGUCCUUCGAAGCUACUGCCUGCUUUUCUCUCUUGUGAAAAUGACGAAGCUCAUGUUUCGGAGAUUAUUAGGUACUUGGAAUUCAUGCUGCAAAAUUUUAAUGUGAAAGAUAAGGCUAUACACAAUUAUUUGUUGACUCUGUACUCUGAGUAUGAUCAGGCCGCCCUCAUGAGGUAUUUGGAGCGCCAGGGACAAGACAUUGUGCUUGUUAAUUAUGACGUUCAUUAUGCUUUACGACUAUGUCGCGAGAAGAAUCUCUCCGAAGCUUGUGUGAAGUUGUCUGCAUUGCUAGGACUAUGGGAGUCUGCUGUUGAGCUGGCUUUAGAAGUGAACCUAAAUCUCGCCAAGAGCAUCGCCAACCUUCCGGAAGAAGUGGAAAUGCAGAGAAAGAUGUGGCUGAAUAUUGCGGAACAUGUAAUUACUAAAAACCAAGAUCUGAAAGAGGCGAUGAGCUUCCUCGAAGAAUGCCCACUAAUCAAGAUAGAAGAUAUCCUGCCAUUUUUCAGCGACGUGGUCACCAUCGACCACUUCAGGGAGCCCAUAUGUCAGUCACUACAGGAGUAUAAUAUGCAGAUAGAAGAAUUAAAAGCUGAAAUGGAGGAAGCUACUCGUUCUGCUGAAUAUGUACGUUCGGAGAUCCAGUCGUUCCGCGGUCGCAGCGCGCUGGUGUCCGCAACGGACGUAUGCAGCUUGUGUGAUAUCGCGCUGCUGCUGCGCCCCUUCUACCUUUUCCCCUGCUCGCACAAGUUUCACAGUGACUGUCUGCUGCAUGAGAUACAGCCUAUACUGGGUCAGGCUCGUCGUAAAAAACUACAAGAUCUCCAACGCAAGUUAAGUGUAAUGUCCAACAUCGAGCUGCAGACGCGGACUUCUAGCGGUCUACCACUCAGGGAACUGAUCAAGAACGAGAUUGACGAUAUAGUGGCCAGCGAGUGCGUGUUCUGCGGUGAAUACAUGAUCGCGUGCAUCGACAAACCAUUCAUAUCGGACGAAGACUGGGACAGAGUUAUGAAGGAAUGGGAGUGAAUGGUUUGACACUUUGUUUUUUUUUUUUAAUUCUUGAUUGUACACACCAGUUAUAAGAAUAUGACACGAGGUAAUUAAUUGUGCAAAGAAGAGUUGAACUCUAAGUUUUUCUCCAGCAAACCCAAAGUGGAAAGAAGCAUCGAUGUCAGCGGGUAGAGCGGUGUACAAUAUUGUGACAAUUUUUAAACAAACUAGACAAAAUGAAAUUACAUUAUAUUUAAUCGUAUAAAUACACAUAUACAUAAAUAUAUACCUACAUCUAUGCGUAUAAUUAUCAUUUUCUUUAUCUGUACUACUAUAUUGUAUAAAAGGGAAGGAUUUGUUUUUAAUGGAUAAAAUCAAAAAUACUCAACCGUUAUUUAAAUUUUUUCAUCUAUAGUGAAGUGUUAUCAGUGAAUAACAUGCUAAAUAGAAUUUUUGAAAUUAAUAUUAUGCUAAGCCGGGCCGGAUCAUUAGUUGUUCAUAAUGAGGGCCGAAUUAUCUAAUAGGCUGUGUAAGCAACUGCCUAGAAGCCUCCCAUCGAUUAAGGGCCCCGUACCCUGACAUAUUUUUAUUAAGAAAAUUUCUUUAAGUGAUUUUUACAUUUGAGGAUUGACAAACUCGAGAAAAUAUUACUGCUUUGUUUUGACUUGGUAAUAUAUAAAAAAAAAACAGGAUAUUUUGUAUUAAUUUAAAAUAACAUAAUGGUGUUUUUUUUUUCUAAACGAUUGUCCCAAUGCACGCUGAUUAACCAUGCCGAGGCAAUCCCCGACAUGGUUAAUUUGUUCCUAAUUGAGGACGUAGUCUGGAAUUGUCACGCUUACUUUUCUAUAUGUUCUAUAUUAAUAAAUGAAAAGAUAUAUUUAUUACAAUUUGAAGAUUAAGUAGUCAUUAUGAUAUUUUUCUCAAACAUGCUUGGAAAUGUGAGCACUAUUUUGACAAUCUUCUUCGAGAUAAAUCAAAAUUGCCGUACUGGCCAGAUACAGGCAGGCGGUGGCCGGGAAAGGUUGUAUGAAAAUCCAUAUCUGUCGUGUUUUGCGACUAGAUAAAUUACUAUGUAAACUCAUAUCUGUCCUGUAAUUUAAAAAUGGAAUGACCUUUUACUUCGAAACAUGGCUACCAAGGAGGUAACUAAUAAAAGGUUUUUAUAUUUAAAUUUCGAAUUGGCUUACAAAUAGAAAGCUGUUCAUUGAAAAAAAAAAACAAAGGAACAUUAUGGCGCGUGAAAAAAUAUUAUUGUUCGUUAUUCGUCAUUGAACUUAAAAAGUAAAAUUGUGUUUUUGAUUUCCGUGCAUUGUUUAAAAAAUUACUAUACAAGCCUUGGCCACAACUAGGCAUUGAUGGACUCACGUAUGUGUGCCUCAGCCCAUAUUUGCAUCUGCGUCCAUCAAUGCCUCAGUUGCUGGCCACUGCAGUAAUGUACUAUUGUAUUAUAUUAAUUGUUUUUUAGUUUAUAUUUUCGACUGACUUCAAAAAGGAGGUUCUUAAUUCGAUUAUAUUUAUGUUUAUUACCUCAUAACUCUUGUCAGUUGUAAACUGAUUUCGAAAGUCUUUUUAUCUGAAAGAACUACAGAUGAUUAUAUUUAAUAUGUAUACUUACAGAUUUUUCUCAUAGAUAUUUUAUCAAAAUCGGUUCAGUUCUAGUUUUUAAAUCCGAACUGGUUUUGUUACAAUUUAAGUCGGUUUUUUUUUGAAACACAAUCUUAAUAAAUGUCCUCUUUAGUAACCUAAUUUAAAAAUAAUACCCCGCAUAUUCGCGAAUGGGGAUUUAAUAAAAUAAUAAAAAUAAAAAAAAAAAUAUAUCUCUUUUGUUUAGCAAUUUAGAACAAAAAUUAGUGAGAAAAUAUUGUUUUUGCUUUAUACCAUAGAUAUAUUGAUAAAAAAAUAUGUGUAUUUUUGUAUUGCCUGUCAUUGUUAAAUGUGUAGUUAAUAAGUACAUUACUGUAUUAGUUGCUUCCUGUGAUCAUUUAUAUAACUAUCCAUAUUUAGUAUUAGAUUUUAUAAUUUAACUAAAUGUAAAUAAUGUUAUCAUAUUUAAUCUGUAUAUACUCGAAAUAAAUAUUGGCUCAAAUCAACAAUUUGUAUUUAUUUUUAUUUAAAAAUAAACUAGCAUUAGCCUGCGACUACGUACGCGUAGUACAAGUGGCAAAAACAAUAGAAUGGGUCAUUUCUAGAUGUAACAUUUUUAAGUUCGACCUUCAGCAUAAUUGGAAAAUAUUACUUAAUUGUAUGCAGUAAUAUAUAUGUAAUGCUGAAUUGGACAAAAGUAAUAUAGUGAAAUUAUUGUUUUAGCCCCUAUUGCUCUUACUUCUAUGUUUUAAUUAUAACCUGCUAAGUUUCUUAAAUGUCUUCUAUGUAUCGAAGUCUAUGUGUAUGUAUAACCUUACUUCUUCCUAUCCUUAUCCCAAUUAUUAUUUGAGCUCGACAUAUAUGUAUGUCCUUAUAAUAUUAUAAACGUGAAAACGA